AUCCAAAGGCCAAAGGGUUGGGUGAUGAUGCCGCUGUUUUGGGAUUAUAAACACCACAAUGGAAGCCAAACACACAUACAACCUCAAGCCCACCACCACCUCCACCUCCACCUCCACCUCCUCAACCUCAUCCUCGUCCUCCCUUGCUUUCAAAGAACAAGAAUAACAAAACAAACCAUCAAAUCCCUUUCUUUUCUUUUCUUUUUUGUUGUCUGCGCUUCUCAUUUGAUUUAUUUGCUCUUUUGAUUGAUUGGGUGAUCUGGGUUUAUGUUGAAGUUACAUGGCAGAUUGUUGGGAAUGAAUCAUCUGCCGGCUUCCUUGAUGAAUACAAUUGGCAAAAGUGUUGAUUCUUUCUGGGAACCAUGAUUUCUAUGUGCUUCAUCACUUGCUCGCAUGGAGGGCAGAAAAUCUGUGCUACCCAUUAUUGUUGUAUAGCUAGUUUGCACCCGUCAUUUUAUAUACCUAUGCAGUCUGAUCAGAAUAUUAUCGCUGCUGAAAUAUGGAUGCCUUUCGUAGAUGCAUAGUACCCGUUUAUUUUUAGAUUAAGAAAUUACCUUACGCAGAAAUCACAGGCUUGCUACUUGUUGAGGUAAUAGUAGAAUUAUUGUUAUUUGAUUUGGGAUAACAACGACUAGAUUGUUAACAAGCUUGAAUUUCACAUGCCUUUUUGGUGAAGAUCAUAUCUAUUGGUUACAUCAAUUGGGGUGAAGUUAUUGCAUUAGUCAUAAAAAGAAAAGAAAAAGAGAGAGAAAACACUGGCUAUAUAAGGGGGUGUUAGUAGAAAAUUCAUUCAGCUUUGUAUAUAAGUUGCUAUAAAAUUUCAUAAUGGGUUUGCCACAAGUUCCAUCGGAUACUAAUGCCGAGGAAGUUGCAUCUGCUUCAUUGUGCUCCUAUUUGCAAAGUCCACUGCAAUUUGCUGCCAGUGUAAGCACCUAUGAUUUGGAUGGUAUUGCUGGUGGGGAUAUGAGCACUGCUGGGGAUACUAUGUGUUCUUCCAUUGGAGAUUUCCAGAGGAAGACAUCAUUGGGGAAUGGAAGGUUUUCAGAUGAUUCGCUUAGAUUUGGAGGGGCAAUGGAUGUAAACUCCAACGUUCAUGUGUCGAAAAUUGGGUCUGUGGAUAAAUGUAGUCCCUUUAACCCUAUGAGCGGACGAAAUAUCCAGAGUCCUGCUUCAAGGAUAGUGGGUUUUGAGUCGCUUGGAGCCAGUUCUUUUGGUAGUGAACUUGCAGAAGUUUCUGCUGAUUCUGUUAAUUGCUCGUCUAUGGUUGGCAUAUCAGUUAGUGAAACUGAAUCCAGUGGAUCACUAGCCAGGAAGCGAUUAUUGUCACCUCUGAAUAGUAUGCUUUCUCUGGAGAAGUUCAAUGGUGAUCCUCUGGACAUAAGCUGCAGCAAUUUUGCGCCAAGUUUCCAUAGGGCUAAUAAUGUCAAUGUUUCUGGGGUACAAGACUUUAAGAAAGCAAAUGUUGGCAGCAAGUUCCAAUACACUGCAUCAUCUUGGUCCUUAUAUAGUUGCUUGGAACAGAGUGAUAUUCUUUACGAUCACAGCAGGAAUGCGUCUACUUUCUUGACUGAUGGGCCUUUGCUAGAAAACAGAGACCCUCAACCACCUAAUAGUUGUCUAAAGUCAAGUGAACUUGAAAAAUUCGGAGAAUCAAGUAAUGUAAGAUCCAGAAGUGGUGCGAUAUCCAUUUCCUCUACGAAGACAAUCUCACCCCCUCUUUCUUUGUCUCCUCUUGGUCCAAAGUUCCCUGAGAGUAUAAAAACUGCAAUUGGAUUUAGAAAUGUCAUAGGCCAGGUAGAAGAUUGCCGCUCAAACUCGAAGCGCAUUAUACAGUCACUUGACAGACCUGAAUUGGGCAUUCUAUUUCCCUCUGAAGAAUCAGAGUUCAGUGUCACAAGCCGAUCAUUUGAAGAGAUUGAUCUCUUGCAGAAAGAGUUUCUUCCAUAUUCCCUGGAAAGCAGUGUUGGCAUCAAUUGGCCUUUUUGCCAAGAAUCUGCCCCAUCCUCAUGCAGGAGGUUCAUUAGAAGCUUGAGUGGACUACCUGUUAGGAGGUCCUUGGUUGGUUCAUUUGAGGAGUCACUGUUAUCUGGACGAUUUUUUUCGGGGAAACAGAGCCGGAGAAUUGAUGGUUUUCUUGCUGUCUUAAGCAUCACUGGAGGGAAUUUCUCGCCACAGUCUCAGAAGCUUCCAUUUUCAGUAGCUAGUGUGGAUGGUGACUGCUGUUUACUGUAUUUUGCAUCCAUGGACCUUGCAGGAAAUUCAUCUUCAAACAUAUGGAAAGACCAAAAGUUGAAAAGAAUUUCAGAAAGCAACGACGAUUUGCAACUUGUCAAGAGCCGCUUUCGCAUUCCUAUCAAAGGGCGCAUACAAUUGGUUCUCAGUAACCCGGAGAAGACACCCCUUCACACUUUUCUCUGCAACUAUGAUCUGAGCGACAUGCCGGCUGGUACCAAAACAUUUAUGCGCCAAAAGGUCACCCUGGCUUCUCCUCUCCAAAGUACUCCAGAGUUGAAACAAGAGCUCUCAGGGAAUGGUCGUCCUGUAAAUAUGGUGAAAUCUACUGACCGGAAAUGCAAAGUUAAAAGAACCGAAUUCUCUGAUUUUGUGGAUUCACUAGAUAAAAUAGAUUCAUCUGACAAUUUCCCAAAUAUGGGGAAGGUAGAUGUCCCUUCAAGUAUUCUUGAAAACGAAUGUAAUGACUCCGAAUGUGAGACAUCUGGUGGGAAAGUAUGCACCAGCAACAAAUCAUGCGUUGAAACUGGAAAGAAAUCUGUGCAUAACUGCUCAAAAGUCAAUGGAAAUACAAGUGGUGCCGGUGCCCUGCGUUAUGCUCUUCAUCUUCGUUUCCUAUGCCCCCCUCGUAAGAAGUGUUCCAGGUCAGUUGGGAGAUGUAAAUCUGAUCCCUUAUCCACACCAGAAAAACAAGAUAUGGAAAUGGGGGCAGAACGUCGGUUCUACUUAUACAAUGAGUUGAGGGUUGUUUUCCCUCAACGCCAUUCGGAUGCUGAUGAGGGCAAGUUGAAUGUGGAGUACCAUUUCCCUGAAGAUCCGAGAUAUUUCAACAUCAGCAACUGAGAUGAGAUUUUAUGUACAUACACACAUACGGGCGGGCUUCAUCACAUUGUUUCUUGAUGGUCAUCUCAUCUCGAACGAAAUUAUCAAAAUUGUACAGCCUUUAUCAAUAAUUUUGAUUUGAUUUGAUUUGAUUUGAUGGGUUACGUAUUGUUUCACUCGGGGGUUUGCACUGGAAGAUAAAAUGCAUUUUGAAUUUGCUGCUGCAA